GCCACACUUACAGAAAAAAGCGGGAAGCAUUUCAACCAAAGCGAAGCGUUAGCAAAUUAAACAAACAAAAAACUGAUUAUAAAUUUGUGCCGUCUGACUUUGACUCCACUAUGCGACCACCCGCAAAAAACAGCGGCGCUCGGCGUGCCGGCCAAAGUUCAAAGGCAACAUUGGUGGACUCGAACACGGCUGAUGACAGCUCCGCAUUUGAAUCGCCAGUCGAGGAAGAUGGAACCGACUACGGCUUGGAGUUUACCACGAGCCGUCUAAAUCUGACAGAUGGGAGCAAUCGGCGCACCUCGACGCAGCGCAAAAACACAUCUGCCCGUCGGACUCGACAGAAUCAGGAAUCAGAUUCUUCUGACGAGGAGAAUCGCAACCCAGAGCCAGAAAACCGUCGCGCACCAGGACAAGGACAAGGACCAGCACUGCUGGCACACAACACCUCAAAUCGCAAUCUCCGCUCGGCAAAUCCCCCACAGCCACAGCAGGCUAGAGCCACUGGAGCGCCGCGUCGAAAAAUGACGAGACCCGUGAGCCGUGCCGCCCAAAUGAAUCAAGAGAUAAAGCGUCUGCAGGCGCUGCCCACAUUGCUGUUACCCCGCAUGCCGUUUUCUCGCUUGGUGCGUGAAUUGAUGUCCCGGCUCACUGGCACAUCAUUUUCGUUUAGGAUAACCACCAGCGCCCUGGAGGCAUUGCAAACGUCGUCGGAAAUCUAUGUAACCCAACGCUUACAAGACGCCUAUCUGCUCACACUGCAUCGCCAACGAGUGACGCUGGAGGUGCGCGAUAUGGCGCUUAUGGCAUGGCUCUGCAAUCCCUCCCGCUAAAUAUAUUUACUUGCUAAACGUAGGUUGUUGUUUAAGGAUAGUUUAAGUCGUUUAAGUUUAUAUACAUAUAAGAAGUGAAUAAUAAUCCUUUAUUAGUUUUCUGUUAAAUAAAUGAAAGUUUCUUGUUUUA